AGUUGCUGAUGGUGAUUGUUUGAUUGUACACGAACUGAAGUAUCGUCAAAAACGUUGUCGCUGUAAAGCCAGUCAGUUCAAUUUCUUCGCCCAAAUAUUCCUGAGUGUAAAACAUUAAACAGUAAAGAAGAAGAUUGUGGUAUUUAAACAACGAAGUUUGAAGGAAAAUAAGACGUGACCUUCCACCAAAGUAUGUGCAAUCUUACAAGAAAGUCCCGGCAAGACCUUCAAUCUUACAAGAAGGAAAAUCUAAGCGCACGCCUCCCAAUGGCAGUGUUGGGACAUCCCGGCAACCCCUUUUACCUCCCAUACCACUGAGAAACAGGAUGGAAUCUGGAUUACCGGGAAGCAGGGAUUUUUCAAGAAGCAAAUUAAUGACACACCGCAGAAACGUGCAUUACCAGCAACUCCUAAACGAUAUCAUCAUAAAAGAGGCAGAAGCAGCCAGUGAAGAAACAAAAGAAAUUGUUCGAUGUGCUCCUCCUAAAAAGAAAGAACCAAGUUUACCAGGAGCUAUGAUGAGCAGUGAAAGAAAACGCAGGCAAAUGUACAUGUACAUGAAGAAGUGUGUUGAAUCAGGACCUGUUGUUCCAAUACAAGAUGAAUGGUUGCAAUCUAUUCUCAUGAAAAUCCCACCUCAUUUAAAAGUUUCAAAGCAACAGAACCAAAGGAUAAAUGAAAUUUUCGAAGAAGUCAAAAUAGAUUUUGAAGCCAGUACCAGAAAAUCUAUGGUUCAACAUGUUUUAUUGAAACCAUCAGUGAAGGGAUUGGACAACGAACAAGCUGGCCCCCCUCCUGUUGAACCAGUUGGAUUGGAUUAUUCAAGCCCAUGGCACGAAUCAUUCUUAAAAGCACAAAGUAAUAUCCUUGCAAACUUAUGGGUGACACACCAUUCUAUGCAAGUGGUGCUUCAGAUGUGUCAAGCAGAUUUGGAACCCCUUCUUAUGGUUGAUCUUAGUAGUUUAAGGUCACAAGGUCCGAUAGAUAUUGAAUACCUGAGAAACAAUGUUUUGCUUGAAUGCGAAAAAACUGAAGACAAAUUAAUGCAACGUUGGUAUCCACGUAUUAUCAAUGUAUUUGGAGAUGAACAGAAAUUUAAAGGGAUUCGACGAGAUAAAUUUGAUUCUUUCUACUCAUGUGUGACAACUCUUAUAUCCAACCAGUUAAAAGAUCUUGUCACCCGCUCCCUACAACACCUGGUUAAUUUGUUUGACCUCGAUGAUAAACUUCAACUUCCAAUAUUUCACCUCGAGCUCACAUUUGAUGAAGGGAAUAUGGAAUUUUAUCCAAGUUUUCAGGAUUUGGAAGAAUGUGUCAUGCUUGUUGCCAACACCAUCUGUAGCAGUAUGCACAGCGUACCAACCGUGCAAUCAUGGCUUACAGGGGCUGCAUCGGCAGUUUACAUUGACACACAAGUUGCCGACUAUAUUGCGAAUCAAGCGCUGGCUUCUCUCAAACAUGCAGUAAAAACAAAUUUCGAAGGCCCACAGGACCACAUGGAUUUUUUCGUUGAAAAAUACAGCUAUCUUGUAAAUGGAGAGGCUGCUUCUAAGAUUGAAAGCUUUAUGGCAGAAGAACAUUCCUUCCAAGAUUAUUGUGAAUAUAUUGAAAAGUUCUCUGCAGUGGCCAAAGAAAUCAUUUCACUUGAUAGCAUUAUUCACUUUGAUAUGAUUCAAUUAAACUGUGAAGACAUCAAGCGAGGUUUGGUGGAAUUUGCGCGUAAGCACAUUGACACUUUGCUAGAAAGACUCACUAAAGAUCACAGAGAAGAUAAUAAAGACAUUUGCUCACGAUUUGAGACGAUUAAGCAAAGAUGUCUCAAAACUCCCGAAGACAGUGAAGAAAUGAUGGAUAUGAUUAAUUUUGUCAAAGAAGCUCGAACUACUGGUGUUACUGAGUUAAAAGAGAGAAUCACUGAGAGUCACAAAAGAUUAAACUUCUUAUUGGAUGUCCAUAUGUUCAGUGGUGAUGAUAUUGAAUUAAACAGCACAGUUCUUACUUGGCCGAAGACCAUUCAACCGAUCUUUGAUGCCAAUGAUGACCUUGUUGAAGCAUCCAAGAAAGCUGGUGAACAAGAAUUGCUUCAGAAGCGCGAGAAACUUACUUUGGAGUUGGAGAAACUCUCACGAAGGGUGGCAGAUUUUGCUGAAUGUGGUGAACUGGAUAUGAUGCAGCAAUACGUAAACGACACGCGCGCUGUGCAUAAACGACUCACUGAAGCAGCAGAACAAAUUGAAUUUAUAAACAAGGAAGAAGAAUUGUUUAAAUGGGAUCAAACCAAAUACCCAAUUGUGGAAAGCAUGCACACUGCACUUGAGCCUCACCAAAAACUGUUCGCAACAAUCCUUAAAUGGCAGCGAGCAGAGAAAAGAUGGAUGGAUGGUGAAUUCUUGAAACUUGAAAGUGAAGCAAUUGAAGCUGAGGUUGAUGAGUUUUGGAGGGAAAUUUAUAAAUCCAACAAAUCAUUUGUGACAAAAUCAAAGAAAGCUCAGGAGGAGAAGAAGAAGAAUGCUCCUCGGAGGAAGAAGUUGGGAGAUGAGGAAGUGGAAGAGGAGAAAAAAGAUAUGAUGGUGACUCUGUGUUCCGCUAUAAUGGAUGAUGUCAAAGAAUUCAAGGAAUACAUUCCCCUCAUCUCAACCAUGUGUAACCCUGGCAUCAGGAAGAGACAUUGGAUCCAGAUGUCCGAGAUUUAUGGAGAAGAUCUUACUCCGGAUGCGGGUACCACACUCAGGAAAACUUUAAAGAAAAAUCUGGAUUCGUUCAUGAAUGAGUUUGAUACCAUUAGUGGAGCAGCCAGCAAGGAAUUUUCUCUUGAGAAAGCCUUAGCUCGCAUGCAAAGUGAUUGGGAUGAGAUAUUGUUUAACACGUUGGAAUAUCGGGACUCUGGUGUUUCUAUUCUCUCAUCUUUGGACGAAGUACAAACUGUACUCGAUGAUCAAAUUGUAAAAACACAAACUAUGAGAGGAUCUCCUUUUAUUAAACCAUUUGAAAAUGAAACCAAGAUGUGGGAAGAAAGAUUACUCAACAUUCAAGAUACUUUGGAUGAAUGGCUUAAGGUCCAAGCUCAGUGGUUGUAUUUGGAACCUAUAUUCAGUUCAGAAGAUAUUAUGAACCAAAUGCCUGAAGAAGGAAGGCUCUUUCAAACUGUUGAUAAAAACUGGAAAGAAAUCAUGAGAUUUGUCAUGAAAGACCCCCAUGUAAUGGCUGCAACAGCCAUGAAAGGUUUACUUCAGAAGUUGAUUGACAGCAAUGGCUUGUUGGAUAAAAUCAUGAAAGGACUUAAUGCUUAUCUGGAAAAGAAGCGACUAUUUUUCUCAAGGUUUUUCUUUCUCUCCAACGAUGAAAUGUUGGAGAUUUUAUCGGAGACAAAAGAUCCGACUCGAGUCCAACCUCAUCUGAAGAAAUGUUUUGAAGGAAUCGCGAAACUUCGUUUCCUGGAUAAUCUUGAUAUACAAGCUAUGUUUAGUAGUGAAGGAGAGAAAGUAGAAUUUGUUGACCUCAUAUCAACAUCUGCUGCAAGAGGAUCAGUCGAAAAGUGGCUUCUGCAGGUUGAAGACAUGAUGUUAAAGUCAGUCCGUGAUGUCAUAAUACGAGCCAAUCAAGCGUAUCAAGAAGUCGAACGACAUGUAUGGGUGACAGAAUGGCCAGGCCAGGUUGUCCUUUAUGUGUCACAAAUGUACUGGACAGCUGAAGUCCAUGAAGCAUUACAAAAGAAUGGACUACAAGGCUUGAAAGAUUAUGUUGUUGUUCUACAACAACAGAUGAGUCACAUUGUUGACUUAGUUCGAGGAAAACUUGCGAAACAAACACGUACAACACUAGGGGCGCUGGUGACAAUUGACGUUCACGCUCGUGAUGUAAUCACUGAAAUGAUUGGACAAGGUGUAUCUGCUGACAAUGACUUCAACUGGCUUGCCCAGCUGAGAUAUUAUUGGCAAAAUGACCAAGCAAGAGCUCAUAUUAUCAAUGCCGACGUGAAAUAUGCUUAUGAAUAUCUGGGGAACUCACCUAGAUUGGUGAUAACUCCGCUAACAGAUCGUUGCUACCGAACAUUGGUCGGGGCUUUUUACCUCAACCUCGGUGGAGCACCUGAAGGGCCCGCUGGAACAGGGAAAACUGAAACAACCAAAGAUUUGGCCAAAGCAUUGGCUGUACAGUGUGUUGUGUUCAACUGUUCUGAUGGGCUGGACUACCUGGCUAUGGGAAAAUUCUUCAAAGGACUUGCUUCUUCUGGUGCAUGGGCUUGCUUUGAUGAAUUCAACAGGAUUGAACUGGAAGUACUCAGUGUCAUUGCACAACAGAUGAUGUGCAUUCAAAGGGCCAUCCAAGGCCAUGUAGACACUUUCAUGUUUGAAGGAAGUGAACUGACUUUGAAACCAAACUGUUUCGUUGCCAUAACGAUGAACCCUGGUUAUGCUGGUAGAUCUGAACUGCCCGACAAUUUAAAAGUGUUGUUCCGUACAGUAGCCAUGAUGGUACCAGACUAUGCUUUAAUUGCUGAGAUCUCCUUGUAUUCAUGCGGUUUUCUUGAUGCGAGGAACCUAUCUGUGAAAAUUGUGAUGACAUACAGACUCUGCUCUGAACAACUGUCAUCUCAGUUCCACUAUGAUUACGGCAUGCGGGCUGUCAAAGCUGUGCUUGUUGCUGCUGGAAACCUUAAACUGAAGUUCCCAGAUGAAAAUGAAGACAUUCUUCUUUUGCGGUCCAUUCAAGAUGUGAACCUUCCCAAGUUCCUCUCCCAUGAUAUUCCAUUAUUCCGUGGCAUUACCUCUGAUCUCUUCCCUGGCGUAAAACUUCCAGAGGCAGAUUAUGAACUUUUCCUCAAUGCUGUGCAUGAGAUUUGUGAAAAACAUAACGUGCAGCCGGUUCCAGUUUUCCUUGAAAAAAUAAUUCAAACUUACGAGAUGAUGAUAGUCAGACAUGGCUUCAUGUUGGUUGGUGAUCCAUUUGCUGGUAAAACAAAAUGUCUCCACGUGCUGGCUGGCGCCCUCACGCUGAUGAAAGAACGAGAUCAGAAUGAAGAAGAUCGUGUGAUUUAUAAAACAAUUAAUCCCAAAGCUGUAACAAUGGGCCAACUGUUUGGUGAAUUUGACCCAGUAUCCCAUGAGUGGACUGAUGGUAACGUCGCAAAUACUUUCCGAGAAUUCUCAAGUACCGACACAACUGAUAGAAAGUGGGUCGUAUUCGAUGGUCCAAUUGACACAUUAUGGAUUGAAAGCAUGAACACUGUUCUUGAUGAUAAUAAGAAACUAUGUUUGAUGUCUGGAGAAAUUAUCCAAAUGUCGCCUCCAAUGAGUUUGAUAUUUGAGAGUCAGGAUCUCUCACAAGCCUCACCAGCUACAGUAAGCAGAUGUGGCAUGAUCUACCUUGAGCCUCAUUCUCUUGGUUGGAGGCCGAUGUUUCAAUCAUGGCUACGCUUGCUACCACCUGUGUUAAGCGAAGAAAACGCACAACUUAUUGAAGCUUUGUUUGAAACAUUUGUUGACCCGACAGUGCGAUUUGUAAAGAAAUCCUGCAAAGAGAUACUUCCAACCCAGGAACCAAAUCUCAUCCGUAGUUUAAUGUAUAUGUUUGAGAUGUUGCUGAAGGAUGCAGCAAAUGCUGAUGAUGCUUCAAAUAACAAGAACAUCAAAAUAUGGAUCCAGAGUGUUUUCCUCUUCUCUGUUGUAUGGUCUAUUGGAGCAGUUGUGGAUUUGGACGGCCGGAACAAAUUAAGUGAAUUUAUUCGAUUAGUUCAAAGUGGGAAAGAUGAAGCUCAUCCUCUCCCAUCCUCACUUGGGAAGUUUGAUCUUCCCAUUCCUGAUGGAGGACUCGUUUACGAUCAUUACUUCCAACAAAAUGGCCGAGGCAAAUGGGCUUUGUGGACAGAUCUGAUCAAAGGAAAUGAGAUUGUACCUGAUAAAUCGGUUAAUGUACAAAACAUUAUUGUACCUACAAUGGACACAGCGAGAACAGCUUAUCUGCUGGAGUUAUGCAUCAACAACACACGGCCUAUACUGUUUGUUGGUCCUACUGGAACUGGUAAAAGUGUAUACGUCAAAGACAAGUUGAUGAACAAUCUUCCCAAAGAUAAAUUUCUCCCAGCAUUUGUCAAUUUCUCAGCAAAGACAACAGCUAAUCAGACUCAAGGACUUAUUAUGUCUAAGCUUGAUAAGAGACGAAAAGGUGUGUAUGGGCCACCAAUGGGAAAACAAUGUGUUAUAUUUGUUGAUGACAUGAACAUGCCAGCACGUGAGGUGUAUGGAGCUCAACCACCUAUUGAAUUACUCAGACAAUACUUUGAUCAUGGAAAUUGGUACGACUUAAAAGAAACAUCAAAAAUAUCUCUUGUUGACAUCAUAAUUGUGGCUGCCAUGGGACCACCGGGUGGGGCUAGAAACCCGGUCACGCCUCGUUUCACACGACAUUUCAACGUUGUGUCGACACUUGAAUUUAAUGAUGAUACCAUGGUGAAAAUAUUCACGACACUCAUGGCAACUCAUAUGAAAGCUCAUGAGUAUCCAAGUGAUCUUCAUACUGUAUCACAACAGAUUGUUCAUGCAACUAUGAAUGUAUAUAAGCAAGCCAUGGAGAACGUGCUUCCCACACCAGCCAAGUCACAUUACACUUUCAACCUUCGAGAUUUUUCAAGAGUUGUUCUUGGAUGCUUGCUUGUGAAAAAACAAAGCAUUGAAAAUAAGAAAACGUUCAUAAGACUAUUCGUUCAUGAAGUGUUCCGAGUAUUUUACGAUCGCUUGGUUGAUGCUACAGACCAGUCUUGGCUUUAUAAUCUCACAAGAACAAUUGUUAAAGAUAAUUUCAAAGAAAAUUACGACACGUUGUUUGAACAUCUGGCACAACCUGCAAUGCCUCUUUGUGAAGAUGACAUGAGAUCUUUGGUGUUUGGUGAUUACAUGAAUAUGGAUGCGGAAGGUGAAGAUCGUUUGUAUGAGGAGGUCAAAUCAAUUGAUGAUUUUACUGUGGUGGUGCAACAAAGUUUAGACGAAUAUAAUCAAACACAUAAAGCUCAAAUGAACUUGGUGGUGUUCAGAUACCUUCUUGAGCAUUUAUCUCGUAUCUCACGUGUGUUGAAAUCUCCUGGUGGAAAUGCAUUGUUGGUUGGUGUAGGGGGGAGUGGCAGGCAAUCUCUCACCCGAUUGGCCACAGCCAUGGCUGGUAUGAACCUGUUUCAACCGGAAAUUUCAAAAAGUUAUGGAAUCCCAGAAUGGAAAGAAGAUUUAAAGAAUCUCCUCCGCUCGGCAGGAGCACAGGGUAAGAAGACAGUCUUCCUGAUCACAGAUACUCAGAUCAAGGAUGAAUCGUUCCUUGAAGAUGUUGAUUCUCUUCUUAACACAGCGGAAGUUGCAAAUCUUUUUGCUGCUGAUGAAAAACAAGAACUGAUUGAGGCUGUUCGGCCAGUUAUGGCACAGAAUGCUGGAGCAAACACCGAUUUCUCUCCUCUUGCAAUGUUUUCAUUCUUUGUGAAUCGUUGCCGUGACAACCUGCACGUCAUAAUCGCCUUCUCACCAAUUGGAGAUGCGUUUCGUAAUCGCCUUCGUCAAUUUCCUUCACUUAUCAAUUGCUGUACUAUUGACUGGUUCCAGCCAUGGCCAGCAGAUGCAUUGGAACUUGUUGCGAAUAAAUUUCUUGAAAAUCUUGAACUAUCAGACCAUGAGAGAAAAGAAAUUGUUCCAAUUUGUCAACAUUUUCACACUUCAUCUAGAAAUUUAUCUGAAUCAUUCUUGUCAGAAAUGGGUCGCCACAAUUAUGUGACUCCAACUUCAUACUUGGAGCUUAUUGCUUCGUUUAAGAAACUUUUGAAUGAAAAGCGUGAGACUGUAUUGAAGGCAAAGAAGAGAUAUAUGGGUGGACUUGAUAAAUUGAAGUUUGCUUCCGCACAGGUCGCUGAAAUGCAGAAAGAACUACAAGAUUUACAACCUCAGUUAAUUGUAACUGCAGAAGAAAACAGCAAACUGCUUGUGGUCAUAGAAAAAGAAACAGUAGUGGUUGAAGAAAGAACAAAAGUUGUUCAAGCUGAUGAAGCGGUAGCUAACGAACAAGCUGCAGAAUCAAAGGCACUCAAAGAUGAAUGUGAAAGUGAUUUGGCUGAAGCUAUUCCAGCGUUAGAAGCUGCUGUAGCUGCACUCAAAACUCUGAAGCCAGCUGAUAUUACGAUCGUGAAAUCCAUGAAAAAUCCUCCUGCUGGCGUAAAGUUGGUUAUGUCGGCUGUGUGUGUGAUGCGUGACAUUAAACCUGAGAAAAUACCCGACCCAUCUGGAAAAGGAGAGAAGAUAUUAGAUUAUUGGGGUCCAAGUAAAAAGUUGCUUGGAGAUAUGAACUUCCUUGGUGCUCUGCAAACUUAUGAUAAAGAUAAUAUCCCGGUUGCCAUAAUGAAAAAGAUCCGAUCUGAAUACAUGACCAACCCUGAUUUCGAUCCAGCUAAAGUUGCAAAAGCGUCAUCUGCAGCUGAAGGGUUAUGCAAGUGGAUUAAUGCUAUGGAGGUUUAUGACAGGGUGGCCAAGGUUGUUGCACCCAAGAAAAUAAAGCUGGCAGCAGCUGAACUGUCUUUGUCAGAAACAAUGGCAGUUUUAAAUGCGAAGAGAGCUGAGCUCAAAGAAGUACAAGAUAGAUUGGCGGAACUUCAAUUUAAUUUCAAAGCUGCUACUGAGAAAAAGGAGCAGCUGGAGUUUCAGGUUGAUCUCUGCUCAAAGAAGUUGGAUCGUGCACAGAAGUUGAUUGGAGGGUUAGGUGGUGAAAAAACAAGAUGGACGCAAGCUGCAAGUGAUUUGCAAACUCAAUAUGAUAAUCUAACUGGUGAUGUUCUAAUAUCAUCGGGUGUUAUUGCUUAUCUUGGAGCUUUUACUGCUGGUUUCCGUAAGCGAUGUACGUCUGAUUGGACCAAACGAUGUCAGUCACAUGACAUCACAUGCUCCGAUAACUUUUCAUUGAGUUCCACACUUGGUGAUUUGAUCAAGAUUCGAGCGUGGAACAUUGCCGGACUACCAACUGAUAACUUCUCUGUAGAUAAUGGCGUGAUAGUCGAUAACUCUCGCAGAUGGCCACUAAUGAUAGAUCCCCAAGGACAGGCAAACAAAUGGGUAAAAAACAGUGAGAAAGAAAACAAGCUGAGCGUCAUCAAACUUACGAAUCCUGACUACAUGCGUGUGAUGGAAAACUCAAUUCAGUUUGGAACUCCUGUCUUGUUGGAAAAUGUCGCAGAGGAUUUGGAUCCUUCACUUGAACCUUUAUUGUUGAAACAGACCUUUAAACAAGGUGGAGUGAUGUGUAUAAGACUCGGUGAGAACGUGAUUGAAUACAGCAACGAAUUCCGAUUCUACAUAACUACCAAGCUACGAAACCCUCACUAUAUGCCGGAGCUUGCAACCAAAGUAUCCCUGCUUAACUUUAUGAUCACCCCUGAAGGAUUGGAGGACCAACUUCUUGGUAUUGUUGUGGCUAAAGAAAGACCUGAAUUAGAGGAAGAAAGAAAUGUUCUCAUUCUUCAAUCUGCAUCAAACAAGAAACAACUGAAAGAGAUUGAAGAUAAGAUUCUUUAUACUCUUUCUUCAUCUGAGGGAAAUAUCCUGGAAGAUGAAAGUGCCAUCCUAAUCCUUGACUCUUCUAAAGUCCUCUCGGAUGAUAUACAAAAGAAACAAAAGAUUGCUGAUAUCACGGAACAAAAGAUCGCUGAAUCACGUGAAGGUUAUCGUCCAAUUGCAAAACAUUCAUCAAUUCUGUUCUUCAGUAUAACAGACCUACCUAAUAUUGAUCCUAUGUAUCAAUACUCACUUAUGUGGUUUGUUAACCUAUAUCUCAACUCUAUUAUGGACAGCAACAAAUCAAAGAUAUUGGAAAAACGUCUACGUUACCUCACCGACCACUUUACAUACAACUUGUAUUGUAAUGUUUGUCGAUCUUUGUUUGAGAAGGACAAACUACUUUUCUCACUUAUUCUGUGCUCAAACCUAACUUUAGCAAAAGGAGAGUUAAGCAGGGAUGAAUUCUUAUUCUUCCUCACUGGAGGAGUGGGAUUGGAAAACAAGAGAGCAAAUCCUGAUUCUUCAUGGUUGAGCGACAAAUCUUGGGAUGAAAUUUGCCGCAUGAAAGAUUUGCCAGCGUUCCAGGGAUUUUUGGAUCACUUUCAAGAUAAUAUCCAAGAAUGGAGGAAGGUUUAUGAUUUAAAGGAACCACAAAAUGCACAGCUACCAGCACCAUGGGAUCGGAAACUGAAUGAAUUCCAGCGCAUGACUGCCAUCCGGUGUUUGAGACCUGACAAGGUUGUCCCGAUGGUUCGUCAGUUUGUGUUGGAGAAACUCGGUCGUAAGUUUGUUGAACCUCCACCGUUUGACCUCGCAAAGUCAUACGCCGAUUCCAACAAAUCUAUUCCCCUCAUAUUCGUGCUUUCACCUGGCGCUGAUCCAAUGGCAGCCUUACUGAAGUUUGCAGCAGACAAAGGAUUUGAUGGCGAAAAAUUCAAUGCAAUUUCUCUGGGACAAGGUCAGGGACCAAUCGCAGCUCGUAUGAUUGAAUCGGCUAUUAAAGAUGGGACUUGGGUGGCUUUACAAAACUGCCAUCUUGCGGUUUCAUGGAUGCCAGCCAUGGAGAAGCUGGUUGAAGAAUUCUCACCAGAUACAAUGCAUAAUGACUUCAGACUUUGGCUUACAAGUUAUCCUUCAGAUAAGUUCCCAGUCACUGUGUUGCAAAAUGGAGUUAAAAUGACAAAUGAACCUCCAACUGGACUUCGAAUGAAUAUUCUUCAAUCUUAUCUUUCUGACCCAAUUUCUGAUUCGGAGUUUUUUAAUGGAUGUGGCGAAAAAUCUCCAGUUUUCGAGAAAUUGUUGUACGGUCUGUGCUUUUUCCAUGCCUUAGUCCAAGAACGCCGUAAAUUUGGUCCAUUGGGUUGGAAUAUCCCAUACGGGUUCAAUGAGUCGGAUCUAAGGAUUAGUGUCAGACAAUUACAGAUUUUUAUCAAUGAUUACGAAGAUAUCCCGUUCAGUGCUGUUACUUAUUUAACUGGAGAGUGUAAUUAUGGAGGGAGGGUAACCGACGAUUGGGAUCGGCGGCUGUUACGGUCCAUGCUGAAAGAUUUUUACUCCCCACCGUUAGUGCAUGAACAUAAAUAUAAAGUUUCUCCAAGUGGAAAUUAUUAUGUUCCACCAAAAAUGACAUAUGAGGAAUAUAUUGAAUUUAUAAAGGCUUUUCCACUUACUCAACAACCAGAGAUAUUUGGUAUGCAUGAGAAUGUGGACAUUUCUAAAGAACUGCAAGAAACUAGGCAGCUCUUUGACUCAGUGCUGUUGACAUUAGGCUCACAAUCAGGAGGAGGUAGUGGUAAAACAGAUGAUACUUUGAACGAGAUCGCUGUCGAUAUUCUCGAUAAACUACCUCCCGAUUUUGAUCUUGAGGCAGCACUGGAAAAAUACCCAGUAACAUAUGGAGAGAGCAUGAAUACUGUGUUGGUGCAAGAGAUGGAAAGAUUUAAUAAUCUUCUCCGCGUAAUCCGAACAACACUUAUCAAUCUUCGCAAAGCAAUCAAGGGUUUGGUUGUGAUGAACGCUGAGCUUGAGGCUGUUGCAAGCAGUCUCUUAAUAGGGAAAGUACCAGCACUUUGGAUGAAGAAAUCGUAUCCAAACUUGAAACCUCUCGGAAGUUACGUCACCAACUUUCUUGCAAGGCUUAAGUUUUUACAAGACUGGUAUGAACAAGGGAAACCCGAUGUCUUCUGGAUAUCAGGAUUUUUCUUCACCCAAGCUUUCCUCACCGGGGCAAGACAGAACUACGCUCGUAAAUACACUAUUCCUAUUGAUAAACUUGACUUUGAGUUUGAGGUUUUACCAUUCGAUGAAACUAGUGAUGGUGCACCAGACGAUGGUGUUUAUGUUCAUGGUCUUUACCUUGAUGGUGCAAGAUGGGACCGCAAGAAAGGUGUUCUGGCUGAGCAACAUCCUAAGAUUCUGUUUGACACUGUUCCAAUCAUUUGGUUGAAACCAAACAAAACAGAUAACAUCAAGCAUGGACGGGACUACAACUGUCCAGUGUACAAAACAAGCGAACGCAAGGGAACGCUUUCUACAACUGGUCACUCCACCAACUAUGUGUUAGCAAUGCGUCUUCCAUCUGACCGGCCACAGGAUCACUGGAUCAAACGUGGUACCGCCCUCUUAUGUGCGCUUGAUGAUUAAGAGGGAACUUGUUUUUUUUUUAUAUUAUAUCUAUAACCUAAUUGUUGCGUAGAGGUUUUUGUAUAUAUUUUUUUACUGAAGAACUUUUUUAACUUCAAUUUACUGCAAAUGUACAUACCGCUUAUAUUUUUACAGUUUUUUUAACAGUUUAAGUUUAGUUUAUUUAUUCUGAUGGCGCGAUUUAAACGCGUAUUUUGUUUCCCGAGCCUGUUCUACAGCACUGAGUGAAAGAGCUCCUUUUUAUACGUUUUAUAUGCGUGUGACUUUUGUAUAAAUAUCUUUAUCUCGAAAUAAAAGCUGUGUGUUUGGUUUAAAACUA